AUGCACUACGCGCUUCUCCUCUCGUUUCUGACGUCUGGCCUCCUCGGCCUGCCUUUUGGCGCCGCCGCUCCGCUUCCAUCAUCGCCUUCCUUGAGCCUGAAGGAGCUCAACUCGAAGCCUCUCCACUUGGAACGGGAGCUCCCAAGCCGGACCUCAAGUUUGACUCCAAGCCAAACGCUUCAUUCUCCGUUGUCCAAGCGGAGCGUCUUGUUCAAUCUAGCUGUGGUGUCGGCCAUCGCUACGGCCCCCAUGAAUCCAUCGGGGGCGAAGAAACGGGAAGACCAUCUCCCAGUCGAAGCUUCACCGAACCCAGCCAAGACAUCAGAGGCUAUGCCCCGCCUGACCGGGAGACAGCAAGAAGGUUCAGCCGUCGAAGAGAGAUCUCCGAACACGCCAGACGAAGAGCCGGCGGCAUGGUCCGGCCUCGACAGGCGAAGUUCUGAUAUCGAAAACGCCGAAAACCAUGAUUCAACCGCUGUGGUGCGCGCCAAUACCCCCGGCAUUCCUGACUCAGCUAAAGACCCGGACUACAACAGGGACAACGGGUAUUGGUCGCACAUGACAGCCGAGACCAACGCCUUGAUUGGGGUGAGUGCCGGUUUUCUUGCCUGCCUUCUCUGUGUUGCAGCCUUCAUUCAGUGCAGAGGCGGCAAGCACCGUUGGGAAAACCUUAUCUGCGGAUAUGAAUCCAGAGCGCAAGAUUGGAAGGAAAGGAAUGACAAAAUCAAGGCGGAGCUUGCAGUGCGUAGGGCAGCUCCGCCCCAGUAG